CGUCUUCUAUAUCUGACUCCCAAUUUCAGAGUUCCCUCUGCUAAAGAACACGAUUCCAAUCUCCUAGGAAGACAUGGAUAAGCUCUCUCUCUUUCUAAUAUGUACAUUGGUGCAAGUUAAGCUCGCUCGAGCUCUCUUCGAUUCGAAAAUUACAGCCUACCCUCCUCCUUACGGACUCGACGUCACCGUUAACUCGGCCAGCUCCCACUCUGCACCUUCUGAUAACCUCGUCCCCGUUCGGCGAGAAGUACACGGCGGUGGUCGGAUUUUCGACAUAACACAUACUUUGCGCCCUGACAUGCCGUCCUGGGGUUCCGAAGAGGGACUCGGUCAGUUCCUGUGGCUCCCCCAAAGCAUGAAAAACGGUUCUCUGGCCAACAACUCCGAGAUGAAGCUCCCUACUCACACGGGUACUCAUAUUGAUGCCCCUGGCCAUGUCUAUGAUCAUUAUUUGGAUGCCGGAUUCGAUGUUGACACUCUCGACCUUGAAGUUCUCAACGGUCCUGCAUUGGUAAUUGACGUUCCAAGGGACAAGAACAUUACCGCUGAAGUAAUGAGGUCCUUCAAUAUUCCAAAGGGAGUUAAGCGAGUGUUGUUUAGAACACUUAACACGGACAGGCGUCUUAUGUGGAAGAAAGCAUUUGACACAAGCUAUGUGGGAUUCAUGAAGGAUGGAGCACAGUGGCUAGUUGAUCACACUGACAUUAAACUUGUAGGAAUUGAUUACUUAUCCGUUGCUGCAUAUGAUGACCUGAUCCCUUCCCAUUUAGUUUUUCUCAAAGACAGGGAAGUUAUUCUCGUGGAAGCCCUGAAACUCGAUGAUAUUGAACUUGGGGUGUACAAUGUCCACUGCUUACCAUUGCGGAUGCUUGGUGCUGAGGGCUCACCCAUUCGAUGCAUUCUUAUAAAGUGAAAAAAAUGAAAAUGCUCACUUCGAACUGUUGUUACUCUGUAAUUGCUGCAAAAACCAGUUGGGGGAGAUCUUGAAGCUAUGCAAGUUGAAAGUGCCAUCAGAAGCUUUAGUGGGAUCAUCUUUUCUAACUUGGAUUCCUUCAGUUGAGAUAUGUGAUUGCCUCUUUACUUAACAGUCACAUUAAAAAAAACUCUGACUGACAUUUAAUAUGCACAUAGAUAACAUUUAACUCCAGGACCGACAGCAGGUUGAAAUUGGAUAUGCAUUUGUAUUUUUAUAUACCCUUUAGUUAUUCGGAAGUUUAAGUUAAUGAAUUGCUAUGUUAUUAUAAAAAAUGUCCACAUUGUGUACAAACUACAAACCUGUUAAAUCGGAAAAUUGGACAGAAGACUAAAACAAAACUGAUCCUGAA